AUGCCCGAUGAAGUUGUCGUGAAUGUAACAUUUAAAACAAUCAAACCUCCCGAGGCUUUUUUCGAUGUCGGGCGUCCCUUAGUCGAUCCGCACAGACCACGAUUGUAUUUACAAAGACGGUUUGAUUUUCUACUCCUCUUGGGUAUUGCGAUCAGUUUUGUGGCCUUGAUUGCUCAUUUACUUCUGGUAAUCAUUCAGUUGCCAGAAAUACCUCCAGCAACCAGUUACGUCAUUUCCCAAUGUGCUAGUAUGGAUGGGGAAUGGAACAAGGAUAGGACGGUUCUUCGUUACUGGGCUGUACCGUAUGCAGUACCACCGGUAAUUGAAGCGGAUACCAGUUUUCCGGAAGUGAUGCACGAUAUUGCGGAAAAAUAUAAAAUGAAACGAGGCGGAUUUCGUUGGCACCGGACAUUCACUGUUCCAGACACGGAGUAUUGCUUCCUCAGUUUUGACGAUCGAUGCGAAUUCAAUGAAGGACGUUGGAAUUGUCGUAUGCGACGUCUGAAUCGUACAGCUGCCUGUGUCGAAUUGGAUGAGAAUGGAGAGAUUAUAGCGAACGCGACAGAACACUGUCUCACACUGGAUAUCGCUAUGCCUGUCUUCAAAGGAACUUUGCUUCCGGUCAUUGUAGUCUUUACUGGAUUCCGUUCGAUUCGAAGUCCAAUGAACGGUCGCACACUAAACGAACCGGCCUAUUUGCCCACGGACGAGGCAGUGCUACGUUUCGGUGCGAUUUGGAUCAAUGCCCGUUAUCGUCUCGGACUAUUUGGUUCGUUUUAUGAUUUUAGCUCUUUGGGUUCCACGGAAUCAGAUACACCGUAUAUGAAUUUCGGAUUACGUGAUCAGGUGGCCGUGUUAACCUGGGUACAGCACAAUAUCGGACGGUUCGGUGGAGAUGCCAGUAAAGUGGUCCUGUUGGCACAUGGGACCGGUGCGACCGGAGCGUUGGCUCUAAUACAGUUACAGUCCCGACUGAAUUUCUCCGAGCCAUGGUUUCGAUCCGCUUGGAUUGCGAGCGGUGCAUUGAAUUGGUUCGAUGAGAGUCGAUCCGGUUGGCAAGAAUUUAUUCCGCAUAAAAUGCUUACCACAAUGGAGAAUUGUCAAUGGGGUACGAAAAUCAAGACACUAUCCAAGACAUCUUCGUGUGGGGCAACAUUUCGGGAGAAAUUUAUGAAAAUGGAUUUACCAACCCUGACCGGAUUGAUGAGAAAACAGUAUGAGGAAUGGAUGACCGGGAUCUUGAGCACCAGUCGAUUACAGGAAACAAAACCGUCAAUGUGGUUUGCCACGGAUCCGGAAUUGGAUUUACCGGCCCCCAUUGACUGGACCCGAGAGACGGUGGAUCGAAUCUUUGUGCACUACAACAACUAUACAAAACCAAAUUUACACACUCUGGUAUUCUCAUCCAUGUCACACGAAUUCGAAGGAUUUCCAGGGACCGCAGACGAAAGUCCAAGUGAUAUGGCCUCCUUUAAAGAACUACUCAAUCAAGUCGCAUUUCCACCCUUUAAAGGCCUGUUCGAUCGUUUGAUACAAUACGAGGAAAUUCGAUCUCGCAGACCGGGAGCAUGGCCUGCACGGCUGAAAGACUGGGAUCUCAUGCUAAGCAUAUUGAGCAUGGUACGAUACACUUGUCCACAGGCAUGGUUAAUGACCAACUGGUUAUUCAAUCGGACCGUGGAUGAUGAUAUUGUUCGCACUCGGUUCUAUCAUAUCAUACAUCGAGAAGCCCCGCGCUAUUCCUAUUCUCAUAUACCAGCACCACCGAAAUCCGGAAAUCGACGUUUGGCAUUUCACGGAUUGGACAUGCUUAUUUUGACCGGGAACUAUCAGAAUCAACCACUGGUGUUUGAAUCCUAUCGCGAACAUGUAUGGGAUGCGUUUGAGAAAUUUAUCUACGACGAUCCGUUGCCAAAUCCAUGUGAAAUUGCCCAGAAUCCAGGCAAGUUCAGCAUAAUUUCUAACCUCUCUCGUUCAGUAUCCUUGGAUGAGGAAUUUCGGAUGAUCGUAACUGGUAUGGCUGAGUGUCGUAAACAACGACGGCCGUGCAUCGUCUCAAUUUCCUUGCAACCUUAG